CACUGCAGUAGCUCGAAGCUGGCUAGAGAGAGAAACGUACCGUAUUUUAUUGUUAGUAUAGUGUCGUUGGCAUCACCACGCACGUGUUGCUAUUUCUUUAGUGUCGGUUUUGCCGAUCGAGGCAAAUCCGAAUGGCAGUGCCUACCAUAGACGCGCAUGAUCCUCGAAGGCUGUAUCAGGUUUCGCCCUUGAAGGGGUGCUUCGACCAAUGACCAGUUCGCGGGUGGUUCGGUGCUUCGAUAUCAAACCGACCUUGUAAAAGUCGCAUUUUUCAUACACGUGAAGGCUUCAUCGCAACUUCUAGGCGUCACCGCAAUACGGUUGCUUAUCGUUCGCACAACCCUUGGUGCUUGUUUGACAGUUGUCAUCGAUUCGCGACCUUGGACUAGGUGGUUUUAGUCAAGUUUUAGGAGACAUUGAACGGAUCGCGGGAAGUGUAGUAUAAUAUUGGAAUCGGAAGAUUGUCGUAACUCCUAAAGCGCUUGAAAUUGUGUCACGAAACUCUCGACUUGAUACUUUGUACUGCAAAAUAAUCGGAGUUGAUCCGUACGACGGGUCAAUCUGGUAUCUAGUACUAGUAUCUGGUCGUGUAACUGAGCCUGAUAUAUUUUGCGAAGAACAGAGCAUUUGUGUUACACCCCAAGGACGGAAAUAUGGUGUGAAACGGGUAAAGAUAACAAACACGUUGCGCUCAAUGUUCCGUCUGUAUAGCCACAGGUGUGACCGUAUUAUCGUUGCUUGUGAAUCUGUUGUUAUGGAAAUUGACAGGAAUUUUUUAUGAUUUGAAUUACGGCGCGAUCUUUUAAUGGACUAACAACAACGAGAAAUGACGUUGAACUCUCGAGGUUCAAGUCCUACUCUACGUGGGCAUGCCGAUGCAAUGAAACAAUCUGUUUAUAUUCAUCCGGCGAUGAUUCGUCAACGCUAAAAACGUCAUUUGCAUAUGUUGUGUGGCUAUUUUUUGGGCGCGUGACGUAUUCGUCGAGGCUCCACCCACAGAAACUCAUGAAUUGAUGAUGUAUCCGUAUCAGGCACGCUGUGAUCAGUCAAAUGAUUGUUGCGUUUCGUAAGAGAACAACUUCACAUACACCAUAUGGUACCGGGAAUAAAAAUUUGCGUUUUCGCAAGUUGCACGAUUCUACUCACAAUGCCUCACGUUAAGAGAAAGCCGUGUUUACCGGACAAAUCGCGAUAAAAUAAACCACAGGUGUUACACGAGUGAUACGAUCAGCGCUCCGAUGGUCAGCCUAACGAUUUGCCGAUUAAUUGUAGAAUUAUCGAACGUGGCAUCCCAGUUAAUUAACGGGAAUCAACGACGCGUACGUUGAUCGUGUUUUCAACAACAGGACAACAUUUUUCCACCCAAUUAACGCCACAUGCCUAGAGUAGACCGAUAAGCUAAUACGAUAAAUACGCGGACAAGGUGAGUAGCCAGAUCCAAUCCGAUCAAGCAGGAUGAAUGCGGUAGCCGUGAUUUUCGGAGUUGCUGCCAUUCUGGCCAGUGGUACUUCCUCUCCGACGAAGAGGGACACCGAGACAGCGACCAAUGAGCAAGAGUUCGAGGCCUCGCACGUAGGCCUGAUCAUAUCGCCGAUACUCUCGACCAGCGAAAUUCGAGAGAUCGAGGUCUACUGGAGUCACAGCUGUUUCCGGUCCGGAGAUACAAUCGCUCUCUACACGGAGGAGCCUUCGACCAAUUCUACGCCAAUUUACAGCUUCCAGCCAACCGCUUCCAGCGGCAUCAGGCAGACUGGAAUUGAUGCCGAAUUCGUACCAAGCUCCAGUCUGACGUUUGAGAGACAAUGCCUAGGAUACCACGUCGCUUGGCUACGCGACGAUUCGAUAAUGAAGACCAACUGCUUGGAGACUCGACCAAACUGGAUGGCCGACCGGAAGGAAGCUUUGGGCUCGAAGAGAUUCCGCGACAUUUUUCUACCGGGCACUCACAAUUCAGGCUCAUACUCGAUUGUCGAAGAACCAACCUCCGAAAAUAUAGUGUCCAAAUACAUCAUCUGUCAGGACGAGGAUAUCUUGGCGCAACUCAUAUAUGGGGUUCGGUACCUUGACAUCAGGGCGGGAUAUUACAGCUCCUCAGAUCCGGUCUGGUGGGUUAAUCACGGACUGUUCAAGGUUGUCGAGAUGCAGGAAGUGAUCGAUGACGUUAAAACGUUCCUCGACAAUACCGAGGAAAUCGUAAUAUUUGACGUACAAGAAUUUCCUGUCGGUUUCGGUACCGACUUGACGAUACACGCAAAGCUGGUAGCUUAUCUCGAAGAACAAUUUGCCGACUACCUUUUGCCGAAGAGUUACGGAUGGUCGACGUCGCUCGAGACCAUUUGGGCUUCCGGAAAGCGGCUGAUUAUCGGCUACGACGAGAGUAGCGUCGUUCCUUUGUACGACUCAAUUUGGCCCUGUGUCACCCAACAGUGGGGCGAUGUCAGAACCAUAUCCGAUCUUUACACAUAUCUGAGCGGAAUCGAGUCGGCCGCGCUGAGCUCCAGUGCGGUAAACCCAAGAUCAGCCAUGGCGGAGUUGACUCCAAACACCUGGGACAUCUUACUCGAUCGACUCGGAGGACUGCGCAAAAUGGCGGAUGACGUUAACGUGAACGUGACGACAUGGUUUCGGCACCUUGUUUGUGGCUAUGUAGGAUCUCACCCGAAAGUCUGCUGCGACGUGUUAACGAGUCAGCCAACACCGACGUCGACGGCAUUGGGAUUCCGGGGAGACGGUCUGCCCUUCAAUAAAAAUACAGGCUGCGGAAAGAGUUUGAUUCGAAGCAACAUGGAGACUCUGGGAACGUUUCCUUUCGUAGCAAGAAUCGGCUUCAUAAACGUAGACAACGGACGCACGAAAUAUCCUUGCAGCGGUGUGAUUGUGAACGAAAGGACUGUUCUUACAACUGGUACUUGCGCGCUGGCUACUUCCAAUAGCUACAAACUUCAAACUGUACUCUUGGGAGAAUUCGACGAGGCCGAUAACCCGGAUUGUAAUUCGCUGUUUUGUGGACUGCCGACUCAAGAGUAUAACAUUUCCUAUGUCGUCAAGCAUCCGGAGUUUAGAUCCGAGACUUUUGAAAAUAAUAUAGCAUUGAUCCGUCUUCAAACGCCAAUUGACUUUACCGUCACUGCGCAGUCAAUUUGUCUCUUGGAAAGCGAAAACUACAAUUUGGUAGGCAAGAUGCCGGUAUUAGUCGGCUGGGGUAAAAUAUCAAGUCAGAAAGAAAAACCAACUCAACAACAAUGGUUGGAAACAAAAAUUUUGCCGAAACAAGAUUGUUCAACGUUCAUGAAUCGUGGUUUUUCCGUCGAACUAUGUGCCGGAAGUGCGAAAGAACCCUGUUCCGGUUUCAGCGGAAGCCCCCUGGUAUUGAAAUACGGGGACACUUAUACUCUGGUUGGCAUCCUGUCGUACGGAUCGGAUUGCGAAAUUAAUUCAAAUUCACCGUCUGCGUAUGUAAGCGUUGCAAAAUACGCCGACUGGAUUCUCACCAAUUCUUAAAUAUAUAUAUAUAUAUAUACAUUCAAACUAAAAAGAAGGUAAAUUUGAGCCCUUCUUAUUUCCUCAAUAGAAUUUUUUUUACAAUCUUACAAAAUAGUAAGAAGUAAACGUCAUUAAUAAAAUACUGCAAAAUUAUAUCAAACUGAUUUUGUCCGACAUCCCAUUUAGUUCUAGUCAGCAGCUUUGAAUUUCUGGUGUCAAAGUAUACCUGACACGGCAGCUACUUGGUAGUGUAGAGGAAUUUCAAU